AUGUCUGCACGGCCUGCACGACCAAAUUUCCCGGAGCCGCAACAUGCUCUGCCUCCGCCGCUAUCAAAUGGUGAGUUUGUUCUCUGGUGGCCGGCGAGCCCGCUCCCGGCACGCGCUCUCCAAGGCUGACCCGGCCCGCUUUGCUACCUCUUUGCAGCAACACCGGGUUCCUCUCUGCCGGCAAGUGCGCGAGCGUCUGCCCCACCGGGUUCGUCAACGCUCCCAGCACCCGCACCUGCGUCACUUGCAACCGAUUCGACAACCUCGCCGCGACUUGCACCGCCGGCAAGAUCGCGACCUGUAAUUCGGGAGCCUACGUGAGUUAUGGCUGGCUGGCUGGCGACGCGCUUCUGAUACCACGCUACGACGAUCGUGUCUGAAUUUUUUGUUUUGCUUCUUCGCCUGAUUCACCCACAGCUGAAACUCAACUCGGGCCAAAAUGACUGCGUUGCUUGCACGUCCGUCAACUCGUUCGCCACGACUUGCUCCAGCGCCACAGUCGUCACCGCCUGCACGGCACCGUACACCGUCUCGGCCGACAAGAAGUCCUGCGUGCUCGGUUCGGCCUGGUCCUACUACCUUGCGUCGUCGAUCCCAGAUGUCUCGUACGACUCGAACGUCCAGACUCCGAUCAUCUGCGGUCGCGGCGCCGUCAGCAAGGGCUCGCAGGUCGCCGUCUUUGACACGAGCUCGUUGACGUGCUUCUCCACCUCGUCGUCCGCGACCGCGGCUGUGCCCAAGCUCACCUGGGACGCUGAUUCGACCGUCAUGGUCCUCGGCUCGUGCAAGACCAACAACGCGCUCAUUCCCAGUGCCAAGGCUCGCUGCCGCGAUGUGACCCUCACGGCCUCGUCGUGCACCCUGACCGCCGACAAGUCCGCUUGCUCGACCCUCCUCACCAGGUGCACCGGAUCGCAAUUCCGAAACUUCAGUCAGUCCCUCUGUGUGAUGACGCACCAUCUCCGAACUCGCACCCUUGACUGACCCUCACUUCCACCUGCUGCUGCCUCCUCAGACGGAAUCUGCCAAGACUGCGCCUCGACCUACCAGGACUCGCUUACGUGCGACCUGUUCAACGGUGCGACAACCUGCAUCGACGGUGACUUCCUCAACAACGGUACUUGCUCGUCCUGCUCGACCUUUGACCCCAACGCCGCCAGCUGCGCCGCCAACGGCACCGUCAGCGACUGCAACAACGGCUGGGUCCUCUCGGGCAACGCCUGCGUCGUCGACACCUCCGCUCCCGCUUCGGCCGUCGACACGGCCUGGUCGUACUACCCCGACUCGAUGGUCGCUUCGCUCUCCGUGCUCAACACCGACUCGGCGGACCAGUACGACUGCGCCGAAGCCAUCUACGCCUCAAACCUGACGAUGGGUGCAUUCGAUCCCGUCGCGGGCAACUGCUACGCCGCCAACGCGACGGACCCGAUCCUCUCUUCGAUCACCGACGUCGACGGCGCGAGCGUGUUCGUGAUCGAGACCUGCGCCGCGAACCAGGCCUCGGUCCCGACCGACCAGGGCAACACCUGUUACGACCUCACCCUCGAUGACCAGUCCUGUCAGGUUAACGGCCAACCCUGCUCGUAA